UCCUCUUCCUCCGCCCUCCCUGCCUGCUGGCUCCCAGGGAAGGGGAGGAGUUCUCGCUGGCUCUGAUGCCACCGUCACCACGGCAACGCGGCCAUACUGGGCCCAACGGACUGAGGGGCCUGGGGCUGCGGCCUACCGUGGCCUGGUGGGCAGAGCUGGCAGCAUGGACACCCUCUUCGUGGAGGAGGUGGCCGCCUCCCUGGUCAGGGAGUUCCUCAACAGAAAGGGCUUAAAGAAGACGUGUGUGAUCAUGGACCAGGAACGCCCACGCUCUGAUCUCAGCAUAAACAGCAGAAAUGAUCUCCGCAAGGUUUUGCAUCUCGAAUUUCUCUACAGGGAGAACAAGGCAAAAGAAAAUCCUCUAAAAACAAACCUUGAACUCAUGACCAGAUAUUUUCUGGAUCACUCUGGAAAAACAGAUAACAAUUUAACUCAAGAAACCCCGAUCCCUGCACUCUCAGUUCCAAAGAAAAUUAACAAAUUGCCGUUGAGAUGCUCAGAGACCAAGCUGGUAAAUAUAUAUGACCUUUCAGAUGAAGACGCAGGAUGGAGAACAUCAUUGACAGAAACAGGCAAAGCCAGACAUGACAAUCUUGACGGGGAUGUCCUUGGUCAUCUUGUAUCAUCCAAAAGGCCCCACCACAAAAGCAAGCCCGUGCACUUGGUUGCAGGUGAAAGCCCCGCUUUAGUGUCUGCGUGGGAGAGGAUGGACAAGCUUCACUCUUCAGAGUCUUCCGUGGACAUAAAGAGGACCGGAGAGAAGACAAGGCCAAAGUCGGGUCUGAUCGUCCGAGGCAUGAUGGCUGGGCCCGUGGCCAGUUCCACACAGGAUCCUUUAUGGAAGCGCUCUCUGAGGAGGUCCCCGGCCCCCAGCAGCAAGACCCAUUCCCAGGAGGAGGAGAGUGAGAAGGUGCCCGAGCUCUCCACCCAUACCCCAGCCAGUGCAGCCUCACAGAACAACUCGGCCUCCAGCAGAGGCUCGGUCUCCAGGAGCCCCAGGAGCCCGCCCAGCGAGCCAUCUGUGGAAAAGUGCAAGGCCACUCCCAGCAGCCCUCCCCAGACUCCCCACGCAGGACUGUCCCACUGGGACAAGACCAGACCAAGAGGUCUUUCAGAGGACAGCCCAGCAGAGAACGGUCCCGUCGGCCCCAUGGAGGAGGAGAAAUCGCCCAUGAGGUCGUACCUGCCUGGUGGGUUUUCCAGGGUGACCCAGGAGAGGCUGCAAAGAGCAUUCAAGCGGCAGAGCAGACAGCCCCCGCUUCUCAGGAAAAAUCAACCACUGGCGUCUGACAAGGUGGAUGAUGACCUGGGUGCCCUGCAGCUUGAGGAUGUGGAUGAUACGUCGAUAAAGGAAGAGGUCAUCCUGUCCCCAGCCCCAUCAGUACUCAAGCUGCAAGUAGCAUCAAAGCCAAUUGACCUCUCUGUAGCAAAGGAAAUAAAGACCCUUCUGUUUGGUUCUUGCUUUUGCUGCUUCAAUGAAGAAUGGAAACUUCAGAGUUUUUCCUUCAGUGACACGGCUUCCUUAAAAUAUGGCAUUGUGCAGAACAAGGGCGGCCCCUGUGGGGUUCUGGCGGCCGUCCAGGGCUGCGUGCUGCAGAAACUCCUGUUUGAAGGCGAGAGCGGAGCCCGCUGCGCGCGGCAGCUGCAGCCUUCAGACACCCACAGGACCCGCUGCCUCACCCUGGCCAUCGCAGACAUCCUGUGGCGGGCUGGGGGCCGACAGAGAGCUGUGGUGGCGCUGUCUUCUGGAAGCGAGCAGUUCAGCCCGACGGGGAAAUACAAAGCCGACGGAGUCUUAGAAACACUCACACUGCACAGUCUGACCUGCUACGAGGAGCUGGUGACUUUCCUUCAGUACAGCAUUCAUCAGUUCCAAGCAGGCCCCUAUGGAUGCAUCCUGCUCACCCUGUCUGCCAUCCUGUCCAGGUCCCUGGAACUGGUUCGCCAGGACUUUGAUGUUCCCACCACCCACCUGAUUGGAGCACACGGCUACUGCACACAGGAACUUGUCAAUCUGCUCCUGACUGGGAGAGCCGUGUCCAAUGUUUUCAACGACGUGGUGGAGCUGGAUUCUGGGAACGGGAACAUCACCCUCCUCCGGGGCAUUACAGCACGUAGCGAUAUUGGCUUCUUGUCCCUCUUUGAGCACUACAACGUGUGCCAGGGUUGUCACAACAAGAUGCCACAAACUGGGUGGCCGAAGCAACAGAAAUUCAUUCUCUUACAGUUCUGGAUGCCGUAGGCCUGAGAUCAAGGUGUCUGCAAGCAGGGCUCCCUCUGAAACCCAUAGGGAGACUUGAUCCUUGUCUCUUUGAGUUUGGGGUGUUUUUUUUUCAAUCCUUGGCGUUUCGUGGCUUACAGAUAAAUCACCCCAGUCCCUGACUCUGCUAUCUCACAGCGGCCUUCUCCCUGUGUGUCUAAGAUUCUCCUAAGGACCUCAGUUGGAUUAAGGGCCUACCCUCCUACAGGAGCACCUCAUCUUAACUAAUCCCAUUGGCAGUGAUGCUAUAUGCAAAUAAAAUCCCAAUCAGAGGUCUCAUGUAUCUUCUGGGGAACACAGUUCAACCUCUAAGGGGCCUCACUGGGUCUCCCUGCCUCCUAUCUCACUGAAGCCAGGGUCUCAGGUGAAGCUGGACAGUGUGUGAUGACUGUACCUUCCGGGGAAUGUGGACAGGGGCUGAGGAGGGCUGGCCAGGGGUUCACUGACCCUACCUGCUUGUCUCAGCUGCCAUAGAACCUUCUUUGAGCCCUGCUUCUCGUGACUGUUCUGUGGUGGAUUAUAUGGGAGCAUUGUCCUGAGGGUGGCUGGAGCUCUGCCUCUGCCUGCAGGUUCUUGGAGGGCCGGGCUAGGUCUCAUGCAUCAUGUGUCCCAGGACCAGGACACAGAGACCCUCCUGAAGGGAGCAUCUGGAGAAGGCUGGGAGAAUGGAUUUACAAGGUGGGAGGGAACCCAGAUCUUCAUCCCACCCCUCCUGCAUGGCCACAGGUUCAGGUGUGCUGUCCCCAGCUCACAGAAUGCAGAAUUGUAGGAUCCACCAAAGGCUGGGGGGAGAGCAAGGUGGCUCCUCCUGAUUGUGCUGGUGUCAGGAGGGAGGCCAGGAAUGUGGCCACGCGGCCAGUGAGGAGUGCCAGGGUGCAGGAGCAUCAGACCCCGAGUGGACUCCCAAAAUCUUCAGCCUGAAACUCUAAGAAAAGUGACCGUGGCCAGGCUUGUGGACUCUCACCACAAGUCCUCAUUUCAUUCUUGCUGUUAGGGUGUUGGUCAAAAAAUAAACUGCUUUCUUUGGGUCAA